GACUGGCCCUGCGGCGGCGUGCGCGGACGUCGCGGGGCGGGGCUUCCGGCGGCGCGCACGAGCGUCUUCCGGCUGUGUGCGGGGGUGGUCCGGCCGGCCUCCGGAACAUGAAGUAAAUUCUGCCGGCGUUUUCCUCCCUAACCCCGACCAGCUGACAUAGUUGGGAAAGCCUCCCCGUUGACUUGUCGUGAACAGGAACCCACGUUUUUUCCAGUCCUUUCCAAGCCCCCCGGACCCUGAGGCUGGACCCCGCUGUGACAUGCCCGCCAUGAAGGCACUCGUUAGCACGCUCUGGCUCGCUCUGGCCUGUGGCUCUGUCCACACCACCUUGUCAAAGUCAGAUGCCAAAAAGGCCGCCUCGAAGACCCUGUCAGAGAAGACUCAGCUUUCAGAUAAGCCUGUCCAAGAUCGGGGUCUGGUGGUGACGGACCCCAGAGCUGAGGACGUGGUCCUCGAGCAUCGCAGCUACUGUGCAGCAAAGGCCCGGGAGAGGCACGUUGCUGGGGACGUCCUGGGCUACGUCACUCCAUGGAACAGCCACGGCUACGACGUUGCCAAGGUCUUCGGGGGCAAGUUCACGCACAUCUCACCUGUAUGGCUACAGAUAAAGAGGCGCGGCCGUGAGCUGUUCGAGGUCACAGGCCUUCACGACGUGGACCAAGGGUGGAUGCGGACGGUCCGGAAGCAGGCCAAGGGCCUACGCAUAGUGCCCAGGCUGUUGUUUGAGGGCUGGUCUCAUGAGGACUUCCGCAGCGUCUGGGACAGCGAGGACGAGAUAGAAGAGCUCACCAAGAGCAUGGUUCAGGUCGCCAAGAGCCAGCAUUUUGACGGCUUCGUGGUGGAAGUGUGGGGCCAGCUGCCAGGCCAGGAGCAUAUCGGCCUCAUCCACAUGCUCACCCACAUGGCCGAGGCCCUGCACCAGGCCCGGCUGCUGGCCAUCCUGGUCAUCCCGCCAGCUGUCAUCCCUGGGACAGACCAGCUGGGCACGUUUACACUCAAGGAGUGGGAGCAGCUGGCUCCCGUGCUGGACGGCUUCAGCCUCAUGACCUACGACUACCCCACCGCACAGCAGCCUGGCCCCAAUGCGCCGCUGUCCUGGGUGCGAGCCUGUGUGCAGAUGCUGGACCCCAAGGCCCGGUGGCGGAGCAAGAUCCUCCUGGGGCUCAACUUCUACGGCUCCGAGUACUCGGCCUCCAGGGGUGGCCGUGAGCCUGUGGUCGGGACCAGGUACAUCCAGACACUGAAGGAGCACAGGCCCCAGAUGGUGUGGGACAGCCAGGCCGCGGAGCACUAUUUCGAGUACAAGAAAAGCCGCGGUGGGAGGCACGUUGUGUUCUACCCGACUCUGAAGUCCCUGCAGGUGCGGCUGGAGCUGGCCAGGGAGCUGGGCGUCGGGCUGUCCAUCUGGGAGCUGGGCCAGGGCCUCGAUUACUUCUAUGACCUGCUGUAG